GCUAAGCGAGGUGAGAACAGUGACGAAGUUUCGGACAGUUCCCCUGUGCAUGGCGGAAGUGAGAGAACAACUGAUUUGAGCGGUGCAAUGCAGGAUGCUACAAAAUUGAGCUCAAGCUUUGGGUAUGGUUUUCUUGCAAUCUCAGCCGACCACGGAGUGACUGCCAUGGUUAGGAACUCCACAAAAGAGCUCGGCUCGAAUGCUUUAGUUCAACCAGAUAGGACCAUAACUGAUGGUGCUGAAAAAACCACCUCAUCAACUGACCCGUUAAUUGGAAUUUCAAUAAUAAAGAAAUGCGUAAGUAGAAUUGCCGCAAGCUCUUACAGACCCAGAGGCACCGAUCCGGGAACAGACCACAUGGGAACUGUUGUGGACGACGAGAAGGUAAAAUCGCGUAAGCAUAACAGAAACAGUGCGCUUUCCACAGUUUCGAACGAUCCUGCGAACGAUUCAACUGGAGCUACCAUGUUUUCAAUCGAUGAAACCAUCACAAAUCCAGAUCUGAUUUCAAGUGACACUGAUUCUAAGAACGAUGAACAAAAAUAUGCAUCGGUUAAUGGGAAAUUCACUGACCAGUUCAUUACUAUAGAUGGCUCUGUCUUUGAAAAAUCAACGUCGAGAGUCCCUAAUAUAAUUAUAGAGGAGAUGCCUUGUUCAAAUGCUGCUACAAAUGUCAAUGAGCCUGGCGAACCAAUUUCAACUGAUAUCACAAUUACUACUGAAACGAUUGAUCCUGAAAUCAACGGAACCAGUUCUGAUUCAACAACGUUUAACCCUAGUGAUCAAUUGUCUCUUUCCGGUGCAUUUGAAAGCACUCAGGUCGCUGAUGUUUCAGCGGAUGAUAUAAAUUCAACUCAUGAUCAACCAGCUCAUACGGAUUUGCCAGUGGAGACAACUGGUGAAAUUGGUAUGAAAUCAUCGGAACUGAAUGCUCACAAGAUCACCAGUGGUAAACAUGAUUCCAGUGUAACGGAGUCAAAUGCAAAUAAGAAUGGCAGCAUUGCGAGCAUAGGAAAACUUGAUGAUUCGCUUAAUUCAGGUGCAGCUGAUAGUAUUCAGAUGACUGGUACCGCAGCCUCAGAUCUCAGUUUUACUUACGAUCGUCAAGAAAUGACUGAAAUCGAUUCUAGUGGCGUAAGUGGGAUUACGAAAUCACCCAAUCUGAAUGAUCACGUUACUGAUAAAACGAUUGACAAGGUUUUAGAAGAAGAAACCUCCAUGAGGGACGAUACGGAUAACACGAGAGCAUCACGUAAAAACAAUCGUGGAGGUUCCGUGGUAAUUAAUCAUCAAAUCAGAGAUCGUUUGAAUGUUUCAGAUUCUGCCUUAGAUACAUCUGAAGUCACCGAUAGCACUGUAACUGGUAUGGAAAAAUCGCAACCGUCAAUAGCGAUUAGAUACGCCCAUGAAACCACAAGAGCAUCAAGCCAAAAUUCUGGUAAAAUCUUAACCACGGUAAUGAGUUCAGAUGAUUCCUCACUGGGAGAAUCUAAGAUUUCCAAUAGUGAUGAAACAUCUCAGAUAAUAGCCACUGAAGACAUUAGUUAUACAACUGGAACAACUGACGAUAUGUUGAUCUCCAGAUCAAGUAUGUCAACAGAUAUGAGUGCCAUCAGUGCCAAACGCAGUGCAAAUAUUAUACCUUACUCUAAGGGUUCAGGCAGAUUGCGCCCUGCAAAAAUCGCAGGAAAUAAUGAAAACCACCAUGUAGCACAUUCAUUUACCACUUCUAGUGAACGUUUAAGUGUCAACAUAAAAACCAAUUCACCGGUUGCUCUCAGUGACACUCGGAGCGAAAAACUCAUAAGGUCUGAAUCUGACGAAACAGUUACAUCCCCUCAUUUGAUUGCAACAGUUUCUGAAGGAGUCGUUCGCGACUUAAGCAAAUUUGAUUCAACUUUGGAUGCAUCCUAUACCACACCUCCAGCCUUCGCGACAAUAUCUCGUUUUCGAGAAAUAGGUGGAGGCAGUGAAAAUCACAACGUUAUCGACUACUCAGGAAGUGGCACUCUGAUUCCAAAAGAAGAUGCAAGUUCGGGCUUGGAAACGAAAGAAGGGGGUGAAGAUCACGCUGAAAUUGAGGGUAUGCCAGUCGCUUCUGGAAUUACUAGCACUGAUUUACGUAAAUCAGCGUAUGAAACGGAAAAAACCAGCUCCAGUACGAACGAGAGCACCUUUAUCCCACAAACUGACGCAAUGCCUUCGUCAGUCGAUGAAGUUUCAUAUCAUUCCAGUUUUUAUUCUGAAAGCUCGACAGCUGAAAGCAGCGGAUAUUCGUCGCAGUCGGACGGUGAGGUAACUCCAUCAGUAUCUAUCAAUGCGGUUGGCAAAAACUCCCACAAAGUGAAUGUUGGAAACAUUAUUCGACCUGUACAAAAAAGCGAAUUGAACCUCAGAACCGAUUCGUCGAUGAAUGCCCGAAUAUCGGAUUCUGUUGGAAACGCAUUGAGUACUUCUUCUACUGCAGAGUCGCAAUCGGUAAGAUCGCAGUACUCGACCACAACUCAUUCUUCGCCUAUCACUUCCACAUCAUUUAGGCAUAUAAAAACACUCAGUAGUCUUUUGGCAUCUUAUCGAUCGUCUAGGCCUUCAGUGAGACAACUGGAGACGUCUCUCUAUAGUUCAGUUAACAUCGAUCGAGAAUCAGAGAGGUCAGAAAUGAAAUCCUCACAUACCACUUUGAUCCCAACGAUCAGUCCUUCGCGCUUUGCAGUGCCUGCCCAGUCAGCUGAGAAAAUACAUUUGGGCAAAACUGGUUCCAGAAGCAUUUCACGAAGUGAAAAUCAGAAUGUGCACCGAGCAAGCAUCAUCAACAAAACGUUAUCCACAAGAAGUCUUAAACAAGCGACAGCUGCACACAAGCAUCAAAAUCUUCCUCAUGCAACGUCUGAUACAAUGGACCCGUCCUCAGAUGAAUCUCAAGAAGUGAGACCAUUAAAGCCUGUUCAUGGUAAUGAAAAGACGUUUAUUACAAAGGAUCAUUCAGCAGCUGAAAUGUCCGUUACAGCAAAUCCUCCUACGGGAUCGCGAUCUGCGCAUUCAAUUGCUCCGUCAAAUCAGUUCAUACCGACCCAUUUCAUAACUACCGAGUAUUCAAAUGCAUCCGAAACUGAGAGUACUGAAUCAGUUGAAAGUGUCAGCAUCUCUCAGCCUAGACAUUUUGCAACUUCCUUGACUGAGCGUUUUCACUUCCAUGACUGCGCGUCUUCACAUACUCCAUCGAGCUCACUGGUCACAUCCAGCGAACGGACGGCACAUUCAAGGAACAGCAAAAAUAAAAAAACAUCUAAGGCAGUCGGCGAGAAAAGCGACAAAGACAAGGCAUCAUCGCGUCCAGUUAAUGUUCGAUCUAUUCCUCACCCAAGAUUUCCUAAAACAUCUGCGAUAAGAGAGGUCACCCCCGAGCUAACGUCGCAUGAUGUUAGUCUUCUUCCGAAUCAAAGUGGAAGAAAGUCGCGAGAAAUUUCGCCAGAUGGUAAGGGCAGUAAGCAGUUGACGACACACGAAAGAACAACCCCACCGCAGAAGUGGAACAAUAACAGCGAUCAUCAUACAAGCCAUGUAUUAGUGCCCAUGUUGACCACGGGCCCAAAUACACAUUGUCCUCAACCAACCGUCAAUCUGUCUCACGCAAGUUUACCACUGUCCAGCGACAAGCAUUUGGUCGGUGAGCAGCCAGUGGGCACCGAGAUUAUUCAUGUGUGCGCCAACAACUAUAUAUUUCCGCUCAGUCAACAACCCGUUAACGUUUAUAUUUGCCUCGAAACUGGUCAUUGGACCAGCAAUAUGCGAGGAGAGUCCUGUGAAUGUAGAUUACACUCGAGCACAGAAGAAAGACGUCUGAUAGUACCUGGUGAAGAGGAAGAAGCAUGA